UUAAUAAUAAAACUUAAGGCCGAAUGAUUCGCGAGAAAGGAUUUGAUCCGAGAUGAGGUGCCGUUCAACGAGGAGGGAUACUACCUAAUGGUUUUUAAACAUGCCACCUUUCGGUCCUGUCAGUUAUCGCUUUCUUCAGGAAAUUCUGAUCGUCGUAUUGCUGUCCAUGCCACCCUCGCUCCAUGGUCUGGAUUUAGGACAAUGUUCGGCUGCACUAGGUAUGGAGAAUGGCGAAAUACCUGACGAAGAUAUCUCGGCGAGUUCGAUGUACGAUCCAAGUCUUGGACCGAAAUAUGCCAGAUUGCGAAAGGACAAGGGUGGAGGUGCUUGGUGCCCCAAGAACAUGGUUACAAAGGAAGGUAAAGAGUACCUGGAGGUUAACCUCCACAGUCCACGAGUGCUCACGUCGACGCGUACUCAGGGACGGUUUGGCAAUGGCCAUGGCGUUGAGUACACCGAGGAGUACUACGUCGAAUAUUGGCGGGCCGACUUCACCGAUUGGAGAAGAUGGAAAAAUCGCCGAGGAAUGGACUUGCUGGUAGGAAACGACAAUCCACAAACGGAAAAGGAACAAGUCUUCGAUCCACCUAUCCUGGCGGCCCGAAUACGUUUCAUCCCCUACACAUCACACAUCCGCAUAGUCUGCAUGCGAGUCGAACUUUACGGCUGUCCUUGGAUCGAUGGCUUGACAUCUUAUGCAAUGCCGCAAGGGGUGCAACGUGGCUCGGAACUUGAUCUAACGGAUCGCACCUACGACGGCACCGAGGAAACAGGUUUUCUUAGCAAAGGUUUGGGACAACUCGCGGAUGGACGUAGGGGACCCGAUAAUUUUAGAUCGGAUAUUAAUGGUGACGGCAAAGGAUAUGAAUGGGUUGGUUGGAGAAAUGACACACCGAAUAUGUUGGGACGACCCGUGGAAAUAACUUUUGAGUUCGAUUACGCCAGAAACUUUACGGCAAUGCAUCUUCAUACCAACAAUUUCUUUACUAAAGAUGUCCAGGUAUUUAGCCACGCCAAAGUGUAUUUUAGCGGUGGCAACAAUCUGUUCAAUGGCGAACCCGUGCAAUUCUCUUACAUGCCGGAUCUCGUGCUCGAGCAGGCCCGUGACGUCACAAUCAAGCUUCACUCACGAGCCGGUCGCUGCGUCAAGCUGCAGCUUUACUUUGCUGCACGAUGGAUUAUGCUCAGCGAGGUUGUUUUCGAGUCCGUUAUAUCCGAGUGGAAUAAUAGUACCCAGGAGGAGGAAGUCAAAACAAAAAACGCAACAGUACCGACGACGGCAGCUCCUUUUCAGAAUAAUGAGGGUCCUCUUCAAAGAGACGAAGUGAAGGCUACCUUUAACAAAGACGAAAGAAACGAGAGUGCAUUUCCAGAUAAAAGUAAAGAGCCUGAAUCAAGACAAUUGAUUGGAUUAAUAAUAGGAAUAUUAACGACAGUUAUCGUGAUGUUAUUGGCUGCCAUAACUUUUAUUUUCUACCGUAAUCGACGUCUCAAAGCUGCUUUGGUACCUACAACAUUUUACGAUCAUCAAGGUGAUCUGAAGGUCUCGGUGGAGGAUAGUGGCGGCGGUCUCGCAGACAAGGGACCAAUUUGUCCCCCACUUCCGCUGCAGUACCACCCGACCGCUUAUGCCGCCGUAGCCGCAGCAUCAGCAGCAGCAGCAGCAACACCCAAUACGACAACGACUAUUCCGCAAGUACACAAAACAACUUCCAACUACGCCGUCUCAGAAGAGAAAUUUGGACUGAAAGUAAAUGUAGCCGAAGGUCUGAAAGGGUUUACGGGUGCUACUAGAAUAAGAAAAAAAAUGCAUUAUUCGAUAUCUCACACUUCCUCUUUGUCUUUCCUAGGGGCUUCGGAAGAACGUCCAGUUAUGCCACUUUUGCUGAACACGCCGAUUAAUCUGAGCCGACCUAUUCCAUCGGUACAGGAAUAUCCAUCUAGUGCACCACCAAUUCCACCACCACCGCAAAAGUACUACGCCAGUACGGAGAUCUGUAAGAGUCCGGGACUGCCGCCACUUCCGCCAUCGCCGAACCUCAGCUGCACACCACCACCCCACAGCGGCAAAGCCUCCAGUAGUCUAAACAGCUACAGUCCCGAGGACAUGCUGACGGAGGAGGAGGAUCAGACGGCCCCGGCGACCGUCGACUGCGUCAUCUUUGACUUUCCGCGAGAGAGGCUAAACAUUGCCGAGAGCUUCGGUUGCGGCUACUUCGGAGACGUGCACGUUUGCGAGGUCGAUCGCUUCCCGGGCUACGAAGAGGUUUUUCGUAGCACCAGUAGUGACCUCGUCGUCGUCAAAUCGCUCAGGCCGGGCUCCUCCGACAUUCUCAGGCUAGAAUUUAGAGAAGAAGCAAAGAGAUUGGCGCAACUUAAUGAUCGAAAUAUCGUGCGAUUACUUGGUGCCAGUCUCGAUGAUGAUCCAAUGUGCAUCGUCUUAGAAAAUGGCGAAUGUGGAGAUUUAAAUCAGUACCUGCAAAGUCACGUGGCUGAGACAUCCACUGUGCAAACGGCGAAAACCUUAAGCUUCGGCACUCUGAUAUACAUGGCCACACAAAUAGCAUCCGGCAUGAAGUAUCUUGAGGAAAUGGAUUUUGUACACCGGGAUCUCGCUACGAGGAAUUGCCUCGUAAACCAAGGCUACUUCGUUAAGGUUUCGGAUCUCGGACCCGGCAGGAGCUCUUACUUAGCCGACUAUUUUAAGAUUGAAGGACGAGCGGCGCUCCCUAUACGUUGGAUGGCUUGGGAAUCGAUGCUCUUGGGGAACUACACGUCGAAAAGCGAUGUGUGGGCGUUUGCCGUGACGUUCUGGGAGAUCCUGACAUUUGCACGCGAGCAACCUUUUGAAGAACUGCCGGACCAUCGUAUAGUCGAGAACGCAACAUAUUUUUACCAGGAGUAUGAGAAAAGGAUAAUUUUGCCACUACCGAAGAACUGCCCGAAGGAGAUGUACGACUUGAUGUGCGAGUGUUGGCAGCGCAACGACGUCGAUCGCCCGAACUUCCGUGAGAUUCACCUGUUCCUCCAACGUAAGAAUCUUGGUUACAAACCCAACCACAAUGACACUUGAUAUAGAAAACUCGAAGGCUGGAAUCUCAUCCGGCUUUCCAUGAUGGGUGAGCUCAACGGUAAUUGGUGGGGCCCGGCUGUCACCACCCUAACCUCCAGCGAGAUCAACUGAAGAGAAACGAACACUCGAGUAAGGUGUAUCUACGUGCUUUGGUGAUGGUAUUCGCGAUUACGAUGACAACAGCAACGACAACACGACGACAACGAC